UUUGUUCAAUUGUAACGUUAAUGUCAUCUUCUCUUUAGGAGUCUUCUCCCCGCCUCUCUCUUCUCUCUCUCUCUCUCUCUCGUCUUCAUCGUCCUCUUCUUCUUCUUCUCUCUCUGCUUCCUCUGCAAAUCCCAAGCGUUGACUCACAAAUCAUCACAAAGUUGUGAGUUUAAAUCUUCAUCACUGACCGACAACGAACUCACCUCUACUCACAAGUUCAAGAUCUGUUCACUUCAACCCUCAAUUUCACUGAUCCAAGAUCUAGUUGAAUUUAAGGGGGUUUAAUCACUUUUUUGCCCAAAAUUGAUUCCCUAAGAUGUCAGAGCUGUCGAAAAACGAUUCGAUUCAUAUCCGAGAGGUAUGGAACGACAAUCUCGAAGAAGAGUUCGCUUUGAUUCGAGAAAUUGUCGAUGAAUAUUCCUAUGUUGCGAUGGAUACGGAGUUUCCGGGGGUUGUUCUUCGGCCGGUGGGGACUUUCAAGAACAUCAAUGACUAUAACUAUCAGACUUUGAAGGACAAUGUUGAUAUGUUGAAGUUGAUUCAGUUGGGUCUCACGUUUUCGGAUGAAAAUGGGAACUUGCCUACUUGUGGGACUGAUAGACACUGCAUUUGGCAGUUCAAUUUUCGCGAAUUUAACGUCAGUGAAGAUAUCUUCGCUAAUGAUUCAAUUGAGUUGCUGAUGCAAUGUGGUAUUGAUUUCAAGAAGAAUAAUGAGAUGGGUAUUGAUGCGAAUCGGUUUGGCGAGCUCUUGAUGUCUUCGGGGAUCGUGUUGAAUGAUGGUGUGCAUUGGGUGACCUUUCACAGUGGGUAUGAUUUUGGGUAUUUGCUCAAGUUGUUGACUUGCACAGCUUUACCUGAUAUGCAAGCUGGGUUCUUUGAUUUGAUCAAUAUGUAUUUCCCCAUGGUGUAUGAUAUCAAGCACUUGAUGAAGUUUUGUAACAGCCUUCAUGGUGGGUUGAACAAGCUUGCUGAGCUUUUGGAGGUCGAGAGGAUUGGUAUUUGCCAUCAAGCAGGUUCGGAUAGUUUACUUACUUCUUGUGCAUUUAAGAAGUUGAAAGACAACUUUUUUAAUGGCUCCACAGAGAAAUAUGCUGGUGUUCUGUAUGGUCUUGGUGUCGAGAAUGGCUCUGAUAAAUAAAUGUUUGGCAAACAAUUGAAUGUUUGGUUGUCCAGUUAGGCAUGGUUGGCAAAAAAUGAAUGCUUGUAUGAUCAGUUAGGCAUGAAACUCCCAUUUCCAUCUGUACACAAAUGGGAAAAAGUUGUUGCUUUUCCUUUGUUGCUUUUUCUUUUUUCUGAGCUUAUGUGUAACUCAACCCGCAAUGGGUGUUGUAGCUUGAGUACUGUAAAGUUAUCACAUUUACUGUUUCAAUAACAAUCUUAACAUUUUAGCAA